AUGGCUCAACUACCUCAACUGGAAACAGAGUGGAGGGACGGAGUGGACCAAAGACCAGAUCUCAGCUUAGUACACAGGAUAGUGGAGUUGGAUGUGGAUGAUGAGAAUGAGUUAAAGUGGGAGGAGCUAGCGGGGGGGUGGAGCAGUGUUCGCUCUCCUCAGUGGCUCAGAUCUAAGUGGUGGAGCAUCAAGAGACAAGUAGCCAAUCACAAGGAACUGCCCUUCCACGUGUUACUGAAGGGUCUUCAGGAGUUGAUGGAGACUCAGGUGCCGUUAGGGGUGGGCACUGGGCCAGGUAGCCCUUCCCUGCAGAUCCGAGUCACGCGAUUGGAGGAGUGCUGUAGCUCCCCCCCCCGGCCCGUCACAGCACUGCAGAUCCCCCUGCAGAUCACACACCUGGACAGUGCUGGUGCCAGUGACACAGAGACCAUCACCCUCAACACUGCUGCUCUGCAGACCUUACAGAUCCUACCUUCUUUCCACCUGCACCCUACAGGGACUCCAGGGACAUACUUCCUUCAGACAGCAGCCAAUCAGAGCCUGCCGCUCAGCCUUUCCAGCAAUCCCACCGUCACACUGACGGCUAGCUCCUCCCCCUCGUCCCCAGAACACAUCAUCCUACACAGCCUCUCGACGGAGGGUCUUUGUUCCAAUGACAGCGUCAUCAUUCAGACGGUCACCUCUGACCACAGCUCUACAGAGCCUCUUUGCCAAUCACAGCUGGUUGUGGAGAUGCAGGGGGAGGAGCCAGAGCAGAACUUCCUGAUUGGUUCCUCACAAGGCGGAGCCACCGAGACUCUGGAGCCAAGACAGACAGCUUUACUGCCAAGGUCCUGGACUCUCCCUCUCAGGAGCAGGCGGUGGAUUCUGGGAUAGCGAAGGGGGCGGUGCUUAUCGUUUCUCCUACAAAUGUCAGCAGCACACUGACAGAUCUGAUCCUGGAGAACCAGCAUGGCUCUGACUGAGCUGGAUGACAUCAUCACUGAUGGAGCCCAUCAAACAGCAGAGUGGACAUGUCAUAAUUUUGGACAUUAUUUCUGAUUGGCUGAGUUGGCCAUUAAGCCCCUCCCCUUUAAAUGUUUUCUUGGGUAUGGCAGUAAUACUGGUAUGUACACCGCCUUCAAACCCCAACCAAGAAGAAGUUAUUUUGGUCAGAGGUGAGACUAUGAUGUCAUUGUGGGCUCCUGUGGGGGCCGGCCUGACCGUGUGUGUGAGAGAGAGUGUGUUGCAGAACGGCUUUUCCAAACUGUCCAUUAUAAAGACUGCAGCCAGAGCCACAGAUAUACACUGAGUGGACAAAGAACUUCCUAAUAUUGAGUUGCAACCCCAUGUCAGAAGGCUAUAAAAUCCUUAUUUAACCUGUCUCCUCUCCUUCAUCU